AAAAUCUUAAUUUGUGUUCCGCAGAAGAAAGUCACACACAUCUGGGAUGACAUGAGGAUGAGUAAAUGAUGACAGAAUUGACAUUUUUAGGGGAACUGUCCCACUUUCACAUAUUCCACAAUGUCACCACAAAACAUAUAUAGUCAGUUUAUAUUAUCUAAUGCAUAAAUUACUAAUUCAUAAAGUUCAUAAAAUGCUCUCGAUAGUUCUAUUGACGCUGAACUGCAGAAGGGGUGUCGAUGGUCAUUGGUGAGUUUAUGGAUGAUUUAAUGUUUCACAGACUGCAGAAACGCUGAACACGUUCUGUUGACCUGCAUGAAACCAAAUAAUCCUCCAAACAGAACAGAGACUGUAAACAGGAAAACCUGCUGGAUCAGAACUCUAGUCUAACACUUGUCUGGGGUGUGUAGUGAACACCCCUGCCCUGAAGAUCUGCAGGUCCUGAACGAUCAUCAUCGAUACAUGAAAAAGUGCCAAAUCACGGUCGGUGUUGAACCGUGAGAGAUGACCGUCGCAUCUGCUUGAACUCGCAUCGACUCACACUUCAUCCUCAUCUUUCAUUAUUAUCGUUAAGAUUACCGCGCGAGCAUGGGACGUUACAGCGGCAAAACGUGUCGGCUGAUUCUGAUGCUCGUCAUCACCGUGAUCUUUUUCGUGGCGGAGAUCGUGGCGGGAUACAUGGGCAACUCCAUCGCGCUGGUGUCGGACUCAUUCAACAUGCUGUCGGACAUCCUGUCGCUGUGCGUCGGGCUGACGGCGGCGCGGGUGACGCGACGCGCCGGAUCAGGACGCUGCACGUACGGGCUGGGUCGCGCGGAGGUGGUCGGGGCGUUGGCCAACGCCGUGUUUCUGGCCGCUCUGUGUUUCUCCAUCUCCGCGGAGGCGCUCAAGAGACUCGCCCGGCCGGAGGCGAUCGAUGACCCGGCGCUGGUUCUGAUCGUGGGCUCGUUGGGUCUGGCGGUCAAUGUGCUCGGGCUGCUGAUCUUCACGGACUGCCGGUGGUUGUGCGCGACGCGAGACAAGAACGCCAAGGACGCGUCCGAGCAACGCGACGCAGAAGCAGCAGGCCGACUGUCCCAGCAGAGCACUUCUGAGCACCAGGAGAACUCUACGAAUGAUGGACCUCCCCUGAACAUCAGAGGUGUCCUGCUGCAUGUGUUGAAUGACGCUCUGGGCUCAGUGGUGGUGGUCGUGGCUUCAGCGUUAUUCUACGUGUGGCCCUUGACCCCUGAGAGUCCGUGCAACUGGCAGUGUUACGUGGAUCCCAGUCUGACGCUCAUCAUGGUGGCCAUUAUCAUGUCGUCCGCCGUCCCGCUGGUGAAAGAAACGGCAGGAAUUGUGCUGCAAAUGAGUCCCGUGGACCUGCCGUUCAACACCAUCUUGGAGAACGUGUGCAAACUGGCCGGCGUCGUGAGUGUUCACGAGGCUCACGUUUGGGAGUUGGCUAAAGGCCGGAAUGUUGCGUCUCUGCACGUCAAAGUCUCUCCUGACCUCCGCGCUCCGUGUUGGGAAACAUCAGGCCUUCACGGACAGAUCCUGGAGGUGUUUCACCGCGCCGGCGUUCACAGCGUGACGCUCCAGUUCGAGCGCAGUGACGGAGAUCAGGACGCGGGUCACUGUAACACCCCCUGUCUGUCACCGGCGUGUAGGAAGCUGUCGUGCUGUCCCGGCGGAGCGACGUCUAUGUGUCACAGAAUCCUCUCCUCCUCCUCUGGAGAUGUUACUGUUGACGAGCUGGAGAGCAGCAACACACUGCUGAAACACACACCAGACAAACACACACCAGACAAACACUUCUGAGAGACAAACACACACCAGACAAACACUGCUGAGAGACAAACACACACCAGACAAACACUGCUGAGACACAAACACACACCAGACAAACACUGCUGAGAGACAAACACACACCAGACAAACACUGCUGAGAGACAAACACACACCAGACAAACACUGCUGAGAGACAAACACACACCAGACAAACACUGCUGAGAGACAAACACACACCAGACAAACACUGCUGAGACACAAACACACACCAGACAAACACUGCUGAGAGACAAACACACACCAGACAAACACUGCUGAGAGACAAACACACACCAGACAAACACUGCUGAGACACAAACACACACCAGACAAACACUGCUGAGACACAAACACACACCAGACAAACACUGCUGAGAGACAAACACACACCAGACAAACAUUGCUGAGACACAAACACACACCAGACAAACACUGCUGAGAGACAAACACACACCAGACAAACACUGCUGAGAGACAAACACACACCAGACAAACACUGCUGAGAGACAAACACACACCAGACAAACACAACGUAUAAAUCUGAAGUGCUGAUUCUGAGAAACAGCCGUUAUAUUCCACUGAGCUCGUCUGAUGACCUCUGACCCCGUCAGAUCCGAGUGAUUUAGGAUUUGUUAUCUGGUGCUUCUCAAACUCCGCUGAUGUGGAGAUGAUUUUGACUUCUGGACAAUCACAUGCUGGAUUUAUUUAUCAGCAGCUGAUUUAUUAUCUUCCAAAAUUCUCAUUACUGUAAUCUGAAAAAACAGCAAAAAACCUCUAAUUUAAAAUGUAUAAUAUUUUAUACAUAAUGAGGUUAUUUGCUGUAAUACAUUUAAUUUAUGCAUAAUAAAAUCAUAUAUUACAGUAAUGAGAAUAAUAAUAUAUAUUUUAUUUUUUGCAUAAAUGUGAAUUUCAGACAUGAAUGUAAAAAUGUAAUUUAAAUUAUCAUAAAAAAGGGUUAAUUUCCUUUAUAUAAAAUCUAUAAUCCCUGACUCCUCCCACUCUGUGUGAACAGAAGGUGAUGUGUACCUCAUUAUUUAUUUUCAUUCUUAAUAAAUUAUUAGUGAUUCAGAGAAAAUAUAAUUGUUAAAAGUCUGUGCCCUGACAUGGACUACGUUACCCAUAAUGCAUAUGUUCGUUGGUAGUUCUGAUCGCUCGUGGUAGGCGCUUUCACUUUGGGUGUGGUACAGUGCCAUGAGAGCAUUAUUCACGGUGCAGAGAAUUGCCAUCCUUUGUUUAUCCUGCGCGACUCUUGUGUGUAUGAGUGCUGUGUGCGUCCUUAAGAUAUAACCACACAUAUACAUUCCCCCACAAACACACCUAUUUGGUUAUAUUAAUACCUGUGAACCAUCAUCACCUCAAUGUACCUGACUCUUCCUCAAUAAAUACUCAAACUGCACCAUUGGAUUUGCCUAUUCCUUCUGACCGAGGAAGGCUCAGUUGACGAG